UCGCUGCCCUGGCCGGCCCCACCCCCGGUUAUGUAACGUGCCCUCCUCCUUGUGGAAAAUGCUGGAAAUGGCUUUUUGCUGGGCAGAAAGCCAGUUCCUGGGUGCUUGGUGCUUGGGGCCGGGGCUGGGGUCGGCCGGGAGGGGGGUCUGCAGAGGGUUUAAAGGGGCCGAGCAGAUGGGGGGCCAGGGCCUGGGGUAAAGCCGAUUGGUGUGUUAGCAGAAUCUGCCGCUGGCUUUUGUGAUUCUCACGGCAAACGCAUUCUGUCAUCUGGGCUAAUCCUCAUCCCAGACCGGCUUUUCCUGCCAUUACAUCUGGAGGAAGGAGAACCAGCUCAAACCUGCACAGGCGACUCUGCCUCCCGCCCCCCCCCCCCCCACUUCUCUGGGGGAGGGUGUUCAGCAGCCCUGGCUGCCCGGCCUGGGAGAUGGAUGGGCUGGGGGAGCCCCAGGGAGCCUCGGAGGAGGAGGGGACCAGGCCGACCCCCAGGCCGGCAGGGAUCCAGCUGGGCGGCCCUAGGCCGCCAGGCUCCUGCAGCUCCGGGAUGCUGGCCCUGCUGCUGCCUGCGCUGAUGCUGAGCCGGGCGGGCGCCUGGGCCCCAGAGGCCUGUGCACGGGGCUGCCCGGCCGCCUGCUCCUGCGGCCCGGGACCCGGGGAGCGCGGCUGCUGGGUGCGCUGCGACCGCGCCGGCCUGCUGCGGGUGCCGCCCGAGUUCCCGUGCGCGGCCACCUCCAUCGACCUGGACCGCAACGGCCUGCGGCUGCUGGGCGAGCGCGCCUUCGGGACGCUGCCCGCGCUGCGCCGCCUGUCGCUGCGCCACAACAACCUGACCUUCAUCACGCCCGGCGCCUUCCGCGGCCUGGGCCGCCUGGCCGAGCUGCGCCUGGCGCAUAACGGGGCGCUGCGCUACCUGCACGCGCGCACCUUCGCCGCGCUGGGCCGCCUGCGCCGCCUGGACCUGGCGGCCUGCCGGCUGCUGGCGCUGCCCGAGCGCCUGCUGGCCGGCCUGCCCGGCCUGCGCGAGCUGGCGGCGGCCGCCAACCUGUUCCGCCGCGUGCCCGGCGCCCUGCGCGGCCUGGCCAACCUGACGCACGCGCGCCUGGAGCACGGCCGCGUGGAGGCGGUGGCCGCGGGCUCGCUGCGCGGCCUGGGCCGCCUGCGCGCGCUCAGCCUGCAGGCCAACCGCGUGCGCGCCGUGCACGCCGGCGCCUUCCGCGACUGCGCGGCGCUGGAGCACCUGCUGCUCGGCGACAACCGCCUGGCCGCGCUGCCCGCCGGCGCCUUCCGCGGCCUGGGCCGCCUGCGCGCCCUGCACCUGGGCGGCAACGCGCUGGGCCGCGUGGCGCGCGCCUGGUUCGCCGACCUGGCCGAGCUGGAGCUGCUCUACCUGGACCGCAACGCCAUCGCCUUCGUGGAGGACGGCGCCUUCCAGAACCUGUCGGGCCUCCUGGCCCUGCACCUCAACGGCAACCGCCUCACGGCGCUCGCCUGGGCCGCCUUCCAGCCCGGCUUCUUCCUGGGCCGCCUCUUCCUCUUCCGCAACCCGUGGCGCUGCGACUGCGGCCUGCGCUGGCUGCGCGACUGGAUGGACAGCUCCGGCCACGCGGCCGAGGUGCCCUGCGCGUCCCCGGGCUCCGUGGCCGGCCUGGACCUCAGCCGCGUGGCCUUCGGGCGCGCCCCCGACGGCCUGUGCGUGGACCCCGAGGAGUUAAAUGGCAGCGCGUCCAGCCCGGGCCCAUCCCCGGAGCCCGCGGCCACCACCGCGAGCCGGCUCAGCAGCCUCCUCUCCAGGCUGCUGGCCCCCAGGGCCCCGGCGGGGGAGGCGGCCAACGCCACCGCGGGGCCUGGCAAUGCCUCGCUGGCCCUCCCCUCGGGGGCGCUGGGGGGUUCAGGCCACAGCACCCCGUUUCUCUUGGGCGCCGGCGUCCUGCUCAGCGCGGCCCGGCACGUGCUGUUUGUCCUCCAGGCACACUGACCUGCCUCUCCGCGGCCCACACUGCCUGGCCGGUGGUGGGUCAUCACUUAAUUGGGCCUGAAGGUGUUCGUGGUCGAGGACAGGGGAACAGGAGGGAGAAGUUUGCCUCCAGAGAUGGCCCCCGGGAGAAGACAACCCUGGAAAGGGCACCUGGGAUUUGGGGAGGGCAUGGGUUUCUGUUCAUGUCACGUGGGCAUUGAUUGGCAAAGAAGAGCAAGAAUGAACAUGGGCCCUCACCAGUUUGGCUCAGUGGAUAGAGGUCGGCCUGUGGACUGAAGGGUCCCGGGUUCAAUUCCGCUCAAGGGCAUGUACCCAGGUUGUGGGCACAUCCCUAGUAGGAAUUGUGCA